GCUCAUCGGAAGUUACAUGCAAUCGAAUAUUGAUACUUUCGAUAGAUUCUUCUUCAGCUAUUGGAAUAUGUUGAGUCAUAUGUAUCUCGCUGAUGUGGACUACAACGAUUUUGAGGUAUAUCCAAAUGUUUUCCUCAACUUCGAAACUAUGAUGCGUGAUCCAAUGUGGUACAGCUUCUACAAGAAAGUUGCCGAUGUCUUCUACCGUUUCAAUUAUCAUUUCACACCAUACACACAAGAAGAACUGGUUG